AAGCCAUUAAUUUAAAAAAAGUUACCGCUUGAUUUUCUUGUGUAGUAAUUUUAGCUUUGAUAUCCACUACAGAGAAAUUACAGACUUCGCCAUUACCCUAUAUUUCACGUUAGAAUUUAGAAACAAGGCCAAGGGUAAGAAUUAUUUUUCAAAGUAACAAUUGAGCUACGCUUAGUAUUUUUCAGUUUGGCAUUUUAAACUAAAAAUCAUGCACAAGAAUGCAAGAUUAAAAAGUUAAAAAUGGCUUUUUUGACUUAGACUUACCUAAGCCUAAGCACAUAGGCCACUAUGUGAUUAUAUUAUCAACUACAUGCUAUACGACAGUGGUUCAGUUUUGGCAACUCAUUUUUCAGUUUUAUAAUUGUUUUUAAUAAUUGAAUUUUCAUUAAACACAUCUAGAUAUUCCAACACAUCUAGAUAUUCCAAGACAUCUAGAUAUUCAUCUAGAAUCUAUUCUAGGCUAUCUAAACUUAAUUAAUUAAAAAAAUAAUUAGUUAAAGUACUUUAUUUUCAUUGUUGAAAAUUCAAGUGAGUCACAUAACUGUGAGUACAAUUUAAUAGUGCAUGUCAAGCACAGUUAUUUUGAGUUUGACCAUGCAGAACUGGUAUAACCUCUGAAUGGGUCUAAUAGAAAAAUACGGGGAAGACUUUAUUCAAGUUUUAAACAAAUGCGUAUAAGAAAUAUAUACUGGGUAAGGAAAAACUGUCCUGAAUGAGGACAAUACAAAAUAGUGGAUGUUUCGGCCAGGAAGCAUUCAACAGCAGAAAUAAAGAGACAGACAACUUAGCUUGAAAAGAUAUGUAAUUGUAGACAUAAAUUGGUAGGCAUAUAAUUCAAUUACGGAAGUGUCACACGAAAUUUAAUAAUUUGUGUGCGAGAUUUAAUUUUUUUUAUUCAUGUUUAAUCUUUUAUGUCAUUUAUUUUUUUUUUAUGUUCUGUUAAUCUCAUUAGCAUAUUCUGCUAGAUGUGAUGCCAUGACAACAUGAACAGCACAGUGUGCUUAAACAGUGCAAAAUCAGAGACCUUUCGAGUCAGCAUGAGUGUACUACUGUGUACAGUGUAAGUGUAGCACAGUUGUGAUCUUGCAUGAACCCCCUCUGUCAUCUUUUUGUCCUUGCUCCUCUUCAAAAAACAAAAGAUAUUUUUUAUUGCACGAAAAAGAAACUGGGAACCACCUGUAAAAAUUUUGAAAAUGUAUAUGUUUCUGUUUGCAAUAAAAAGACUAUUUUGCAUAUCACAUGUAACACUUGGGUUGGGUGAAGGGAUCUAGUCCUAGAAUGUUAGAGUUGGAGGUAGUGUUUUUGAAAAGGUGGCUUAAAGUGUCAAACAUAGUAGGUUCACAAGAUUAGAAGAAUCAUAUAAUUCAGUGAUUUGCAAUACUUUUCAGCAUUUAUCAGUGUGGAAGGAAAGUGGGUGGGAUGUUUAAUAAAUGUAUCAUGUCACUAGUCGAUGCUGAUUUUUUUUGUGGUGAAUUAUUGAUGAUGAAGUCUGAAUUUAACAAAAAUGUAUGAUGUCAUGUAUGAGUGAAUUGAAUGACUCUUAAGUUAGCUAUUUUAAACAUAGUGAUUUCUAUAUUUUCUCAUUCCAAAAUAUAACCAAAUUCAAUUUUAUUUGCUGUUACCUCUGCUUGAUAGGUUAAAUUUGAUAACAAAAACAUAAGAAAAAAGCUUAUAUGGCACAAAAUGAUAAUGUUUAACAUUAUAUAUGUUGUCGUAAGUGCGUAUUAAGAUAUAAAUUAUGGCAGAGAAUUUCAUCGUUAUAAAUAAAUAUUACGUAAAAUCUAAUAUUUGAAAUGGAUCAACUGCAUUUUUUCAAUAUCUUCCUUGUUAUAUUAUAUUUAAUUUUGACUCUUUUAAUAUUCAUCACAAAGGAAAACUAAUUUUUCAUGAUAUUUAAAUAAAUAUUAAUUUAACUUUUAAAGCAAUUAUGUUAAUAAAAAUGAAAUUAAAAUUCCUUGCUACUGUAGGCCCACAACAGCUUUUAUAAAUGCUUUGUCUGAGUAGAGGCUGGUGCAUUUUUUACAGUACAUUAUUAUGAGGCAUAACUUACAAAACACUCCUUGUAUUUUUGUUUUACUUCUUCAUCAUCAAAUACUUUAUCAUUUUCAAUUAAUAACAUAUUAUUUUUUUUUUUUUGUUUUUUUAUUUUUUUUACAGGUCAGAAAACAUGAAUUUUUCUUGGUAAUACCUUUUUAAAUGGGAGAAUAUUCAGUGCAAUGAACUGCUUAAUGUUUCACAAUAAUUUUACUAAACACUUGCUACAGAAAAUACCAAUCUGUAACAGAGGACACAUUACCAAUUGGAGAUAGCCAGCAGGAAAACAGUGUUUUAAAAAAUGAGCUCAGUAAACGAGAGGAGUUUGGAACACAUACAAGCAUUAGAGACUGGUCUUAGCAACCCAGAAUCAAAUAUUCAGCAAUCUCUAAAUGGAUCUAGUUUGGAAAUUGCUGAUUAUCCCCCUAAGUCUGGAUUACCAGAGCCAGUUAAAGAAAAAAAUAUUAUUCAGGAAAAAAUAUUUUCUUUUGAAAAAAGCUCUGUUUCUAGUGAAUUAAAUGUAAGUGAAGAACAUAAUCAUACUGAUAAGUCUACAAAUGAACUUUGCUUGCAAGAGAUGAAUUCUUUAACAGUUAUUCAAGAUAAGGAUGUGGGACACAAUGCAUUUGAAGGAGAUGUCCCAGUAACUAAUGUUAGAUGUUCACUGAAAGGUGAUGAGAUCCCUUCUGGUCAGAAAUGUGAAAUCUCUCCUGGUCAAAUAUCACCUGAAGAUAAUCAAACCUCCAUUGUCAGCAACCUACAUUCCGACUGCUGCCCUUCUGCUUGUGAUGAAACCUUACAUCAAAAGUCAAGUGAGCAGAGUUCACCAAAGACAGAUAAAACAUUAAUUUCAAGUUCUCCCCCCUUGUCUGUCCCUGAUUGCAAACUGAUCUCAUCUGAUUUGCCUGAUGAUUUAGCCAAUACUUCCAGUGGUUUGAUGCCUGCUUUGUCCGUUGAUGAGGCUGUUAUGAAUGACUUGCCUGAUGCAUCCAGUACUCAGUCUAGCAGUAGCACAGAAUUUCCUGAAGUAUCUGCUGGUCAUGCAGAUCUUGUCAAUGAGCUUAUUCCACAUACAUCUGAUGCAUCUUAUAGCAGUAACAAUAACAACCUUCCACACAAAAAACUGUGUUCUUAUAUCUCAGAACCUUCAACAGAAAGUCUUUUACCAGAACCGAGCAAUGGCUUUCCUGAUGUCUCAGACUUUCAGCCGCUUAUUUUAGAUGUUCGGGGAUCCUGUAAUGAAAAUUUACUGGAUUGUCCUACAGAUAUUCAAGAGACUAAUAAUUCUAAUGCUAAUUGUGUGACACAGCAAGUAGAAGGUAAAGACAAAUUUUUGGAUACUAUGGAAUCCAUUCCAAAGAGUGCUAUGGAAAUGUUGAGAGGUAUCAUGCAGCUCAACCAAAUUAAUCAGUCAAAAACAAUACCUGAAGCUCAUGUAAUAUCAAAUUCAGCCAAUAGCAGUCAGGAAAUGGUAACUGAAGAAACAGAAAGUGUUAUAACUAAACCAGGAUGCUCUAACAGUUUAUUGCAGAAUGGUACACCAGACAGUGCAUUUAAUUUACUGAGCCAGGUCGCAAAUAAUAAAGUGGAUGGCUCCGAUCAGGUAGCCACUCAAGUGGCUUCUCUCACCAGUUUCCCAUUAACUGCAGAACAUGCGAGCCAGCAUCCACAUAUGAUUACAGUUAAUAGAAUCCCUGUUACAUGUGUCCUUGUACAAGAUACAAAUUCAGUGUCUUCUAACAAAGUUACCUUAGUCAUAGCAAAACCCGGUUUAUUGAAACCUAGAAAUGCUCUAGGUGCAGAAGAUUCCAAUAAAAAUAGGCAAAUUUUACCUGCAGGGUCAGCCACAGAUAAUGCAUCUAAUGAGACAAUUAUUAAUGCGGAGAAUUCAGUUCCCUCUUCACCAACAAAAAUGACUACUAUUAAAGAGAGAGUUGCAAAUCUUGUUGAUAAAACCAUAGAAAAAUUUGUCAUGAAAGGAAGAGACUUGGAAAAUAGUAGCAUUUUGAAAAUACCUUCCGACACAGAACUGAAAGCCAUGACACAUUCAAACAGCAGUGUUCAGUGUUCUGUUUGUGGUGAAAUUUAUCAUAAUAAUGUAAGUCUAUCAAAUCAUUUGGGAAGAACUGUUUUCAAUCUCUUGUAUGAAUGUCCUAUUUGUAAGAUAGGCAUUGUGUUUUAUAACAAGUGCGCUCUGUGGAAACACUUGAGAAACCAUUGUAAGACACUCCAGUAUAACAACAUCUUACAGUUCAAACCCUAUGAUUUUAAAACCAACCAAACUGAAGAAAUAGAAUUAGUUUCCACAGCGGACAUAGCUUCAUUGCAUACUAGAGACAAAACUGCUGACCAUAUUAGUAUUAGCAAGAUGCGUACUUUACCAUUAUUGCCAACCAUUUGUGGUUUAAAUACACUGGAACAAGGCAGAAGUGAAUGCUUGUUAAAGUGCAGUAUGUGUAACCUUGUUCACCUCCAGGUAACUCAGAUCCAAAGUCCCCAAGUUUCAGUGGACAAGACUUUGAUUCAAUCUUGCCCCAGCUGUGGAAUGUUUCUUCCAAGCCUGUGCUCAUUUAGAGCUCAUAUACGGCUGCAUUCAAAAGCAGUUAAUAAUAUGAUCUGCCCUGAAUGUGGCCAUAUCACUUUGAAGAACAGUCUAUCACUAGAUGACAUGAAGAAAGCUGCUUUUGACCACAUGGAUGAAUGUAAGCAUUUCAACAGAGUUGUUGUCCUGUCAUGUUUUUGUAAAGAAGAAUUUAUGCUAGUGAAGCAACUAGCACACCACUUUAUAAAUAAACACCUUCAGACAUUAUUCAAGUGUAAAUUUUGUCUUUUAGCCUUUACUCAGCAUGAGCACUUGUUAAACCAUAUCAAAAUCCUUCACCAAAACCAGUAUUUUGCAAUUGAGCCCAGUGGAAUCCAUGUUCUCUGCACUUACUGUCAACAGUUAUUAAAGAAUCCC